AUGAGAAAUUACACAGAAGUAACAGAGUUUAUUCUUCUUGGACUGACAAAUGACCUACAGUGGCAGGUUGUACUUUUCAUAUUUCUUCUUGUUACCUACAUGCUAAGUGUAACUGGGAACCUGAUCAUUAUCACCCUCACCCUUACAGAUCCCCACCUGCAGACUCCAAUGUAUUUCUUCCUUCGAAACUUCUCAGUCCUAGAAAUAUCGUUCACGUCAGUCUGCAUUCCCAGAUUCCUUGUCACUAUUGUGACAGGGGACAGAACCAUUUCUUAUAAUGGUUGUAUGGCUCAGCUAUUUUUCUUCAUCUUCUUGGGGGUGACAGAAUUUUACCUUCUGGCUGCCAUGUCCUAUGACCGCUAUGUGGCCAUCUGCAAACCUCUACAUUACACCACCAUCAUGAGCAGCAGAGUCUGUAUCCUUCUUGUCUUUAGCUCUUGGCUUGCUGGAUUCCUCAUCAUCUUUCCACCAAUAAUCCUGGUGAUGCAAUUGGAUUUCUGUGCCUCCAAUAUAAUCGAUCAUUUUAUCUGUGACUCUUCUCCCAUUCUGCAGCUUUCUUGCACAAACACUAGCUUUCUAGAACUCAUGGCAUUUUUUCUAGCUGUGCUAACACUUAUGGUCACCUUAACACUAGUUAUUCUCUCCUACAUGCAUAUCAUCCAGACAAUUGUGAGAAUUCCUUCCACAAGUCAAAGGAAAAAAGCCUUUUCCACUUGUUCCUCCCACAUGAUAGUUGUCUCCCUCUCUUACGGUAGCUGCAUUUUCAUGUACAUUAAGCCUUCUGCAAAGGAGAGGGUAACUUUAAGCAAAGGAGUGGCUGUGCUCAAUACCUCGGUGGCUCCUCUCUUGAAUCCUUUCAUAUAUACACUAAGAAAUCAGCAAGUGAAGCAAGCCUUCAAGAACAUGGUCCAGAGAAUGGCCUUUUCUUCAAAUAAAUGA